AUGGUCUCGUUUGGGGUAGAGAAAAGAACCCGAACAAGUAGUUUUAGACUGCAAAAACAAUUUACCAAUACUUCAAAAGAAUUAGAGAAAAACAAAUUACAGAAUUAUAGACCUAAACUUAAAAAUAAAGAAAAAAAUGAAAUUUUAAAAAAACAACCUAUCUCUGUUGAAAGCAGAAAUAAUUUUAGUGAUGAUGAUUGUGGUGUAUAUUUCAAAAGUUCGGAAAAAAUGAUUGAAAUAGAAGAUAAUACUGUCGACUUAAUUAUAACUUCUCCUCCCUAUUUUAACAUAAAAGAUUAUUCUAAAAACGGAACUCAAGAUUUAACCCAUUCCUCUUUGCAAGAGAAAGAUGUAGGAAGUAUAAAUAAUUAUUCAGAUUAUAUUUCUUCCUUGUUAAAAAUUUGA